CAAAUUUACCACCGUCAAUUAAUCCCCAAAGUGUGUCAAAUGCAGGGUUGUGCGCAGCUGAUUCGUUUUCCGAAUUUUGAAGUAGGACAAGAUAUGUACCAUUACAUCUUAUCCACCAGGAAAUGUUUGUGUUGUGUUCGGGAAAUGUGUCGAAGAAGACUUUGUGCAUAUUUGGAUUGGUGACUGUAUUCUUAAUUGUACACGCUUUCUACGCAUUUUAUCCGUCAUUCAAAAUUUCCAUAUCGAUCGUCCUUUACACGUCAACUAAGGAACCGGAAACGACUAUUGUCACAACUCUGGAAUUAAAUACUACCUUAGCAAACAUAUCAACAAGACACCCAGAUAAGGAAGAUAUUUUUUCAAUGAUUAACCCAUUCCAUUGUCCUAAUCAAGGUGAGCACCUGCAACUUGUGAUAAUGAUCCCGACGACUCCAUCUCGACAGGGUGCUCGUCUGGCUAUAAGGUACACGUGGGGUCAGGUUGCGUCCAGAGACGAUGUCUCAAUGUAUUUUAUAAUAGGUCAAGCGGAAAACUUAACAGUUCAAACGAAUAUCGAGGAAGAACAAUUUCUGUUUGAUGAUAUUAUGCAGACACAGUUCAUUGAUACCUACACUAAUUUAACUCUCAAGACUCUCUCCAUCAUAAAAUGGGUGAAGGACUACUGCCUUUUAGCUAAUUAUCUACUCAAGGUCGACGAUGAUGUCUUCGUGAAUGGAGACAGACUACUCCAAUUUAUAGCAAGGCAUACACCAGCAACCCGAACCAUUUACGGAAAUUUGAACACAGACACCGAACCAAUCCGUGAUCUACAAUUAAAGCAGUACAUACCGUUCGAGGAGUACAAUGCAAGAGUAUUUCCGGAUUAUGUUAGUGGAUCUGCCUACCUCCUACCUGCUGGCUUGUCAGCAGAAAUAUACCAAUCAUCCCUAAAACGUAAAAUAAUUCGUUUGGAGGACGUUUUCUUAACUGAUUCAUACGCAGAGUUAGAUGUUUCGUACAUAUGUCUAUUACUAUUCCCAAAGUAAGCGAAAGGCAACAAUUCAGAUUAUUAAGACGGAC